AUGAUUCUAUCUAUCUAUCUAUCUAUCUAUCUAUCUAUCUAUCUAUCUAUCUAUCUAUCUAACCCUUCUUCUUUUCCCAUCCUAACUUUUUCUUUCUCUCUCUUUUUUUACUAUUCAUUUAUUUUCUUUCUUUCUUUCACCUUUUAUGCUUUCUUUCUUUCUUUUUUUACUGUUACCGUUCUUUCUUUCUUUCUUUCUUUCCCCUUACGCGCUUUCUUUCUUUCUUUUAUAUUUCUUUCUUUCUUUCUUUUUUUUACGGUUACCAUUCUUUAUUCUCUUUCUUCUUUUACUAUUCGUUCUCAACCUUCUUUCAUUCACUUUUCUUUCUUUCUUUCUUUCUUUCUUUCUUUCUUCUUUUUUUUCUUCUCUCCUCCCUCAAUUCAUAACUUCAUGAAUUUCUUUCUUUCUUUUCUUUCUUUCUUUUCUCGUUCUUGUUUUGUCAUUCUUUCUUUCUUUCUUUCACCUUUCUAUCUUUCUUUCUCUCUUUUCUACUCUUACCAUUCUUUGUUUCUUCCUCUUUCUUUACUUACUAUUCUUUCUUUCGUUCUUUCUUUCACUUUUCUUUCUUUUUUUAAAUUUGUCCUUCUCUUUAUUCUUUCGCCUUCCUUCCUUCAUUCCUUUCUUUCUUUCUUUCUUUCUUUCUUUCUUUCUUUCUUUCUUUACCAGUCUUCUUUUCUUUCCCUUUCUUUCUUUCUUUCUUUCUUUCACCAUUCAUUCUUUCUUUCUUUCUUCCCUGCUAUAGGGUUAAAAGCCAUUUUCGGUACCGUUACACGCUGUUUGUUCCGCCGUCUUCCUCCCAAUUUUCUCAUCUCCGUUUCUUUUCACCUUUUCAUUUCACCCUUUCUGUUCACCCAUUCUUUUCGCCCUUUCUUUUCGCCCUUUCUCUUCGCCCUUUCUUUUUACCCUUUUUUUCGCCCUUUUCUUCACCCUGUCUCUUCACCCUUUCUAUUCACCCUUUCUCUUCACCCUUUCUCUUCACCCUUUCUCAUCACCCUUUCUUUUCGCUCUUUCUUUUCACCUUUUUCCUUCACCCAUUCUUUCGCCCUUUCUUUUCGCACUUUCUCUUCAAACUUUCUUUUCGCCCUUUCUUUCACACUUUCUCUUCACACUUUCUAUUCACCCUUUGUUUUCACCCUUUCUUUUCACCCUUUCUCUUCACCCUUUCUUUUCACCCUUUCUCUUCACCCUUUCUUUUCACCCUUUCUCAUCGCCCUUUCUUUUCACCCGUUCUCUUCACACUUUCUUUUCGCCAUUUCUUUUCACUCUUUCUCUUCACCAUUUCUUUUCAACGUCUUUCCCCCCUUUCUCUUCACCCUUUCUAUUCGCCCUUUCUAUUCACACUUUCUCUUCACCCUUUUUUUCGCCCUUUCUCAUCGCCCUUUCUUUCCACCCUUUCUCUUCGUCCGUUGUCUUCGCACUUUUUAUCACCUUUUUUUUUCCCCUUUUCUCUUCACCCUUUCUCUUCACCCUUUCUUUUCGUCCUUUCUCUUCGCCCGUUCUCUUCACCCUUUCUUUUCAGCAAACUACUCACCUCAGUUCUUUUUCUUUCCUUCUUUCUUUCUUUCUUUCUUUCUUUCUCAGUGUCAAUUUUCUUUCUUUCUUUUCAUUCUUUUCUAUUCUUUCUUCCUUUCUUUUCCAUUUAUUUAUCGCUCCCGUUGCCUCUUUCUUUCUUUCUUUCUUUCUUUCUUUCUUUCUUUUUUCAUUGUUGCUAUUUGCCUCUUUCUUUCUUUCUUUUUUCAUUGCUGCCAUUUGCCUCUUUCUUUCUUUCUUUCUUUCUUUCUUUCUUUCCUUUUUUCUUCGAUCCUACCUUCCCUUCAUUUCCUUUUUUUCCUUUAUUCCUUCCUUUCCUCUAUUCUCCCUUCUAUUCUUUAUUUCUCUUUCGUUGUUACUAUUUGCUUCUUUCUUUCUUUCUUUCUUUCUUUUUUCCUUUCUGUCUUUCCUUUUUUCUUCGAUCCUACCUUCCCUUCAUUUCCUUUUUUUCCUUUAUUCCUUCCUUUCUUCCAUUCUCCCUUCUAUUCUUUCUUUCUUUCGUUGUUGCUAUUUGCCUCUUUCUUUCUUUUUUCUUUCUUUCUUUCUUUCUUUCUUUCUUUCAUUGUUGCUAUUUUCCUCUUUCUUUCUUUUUUUCUUUCUUUCUUUCUUUUUUCUUCGAUCCUACCUUCCCUUCAUUUCCCUUUUUUCCUUCAUUCCUUCCUUUCUUCCAUUCUCCCUUCUAUUCUUUCUUUCUUUCUUUCUUUCUUCAUUCCCUCUUUCUCUCUAUCUCUUCCUUAA